CAUAUGGAAACACACAGACGAAUACACACAGGAGAGAAGCCAUAUGAGUGUCCGGAUUGUGGGAGCAGAUUCAGUCAUAGAGGCGACAUGCUUAAACACAGACGAAUACACACUGGAGAGAAGCCAUAUGAGUGUCCGGAUUGUGGGAGCAGAUUCAGUCAAAGAGGCAGCAUGGGAAGACACAGACGAAUACACACUGGAGAGAAGCCAUAUGAGUGUCCGGAUUGUGGGAGCAGAUUCAGUGAUAGAGGCAGCAUGGGAAGACACAGACGCACACACACUGGAGAGAAGCCAUAUGAGUGUCCGGAUUGUGGGAGCAGAUUCAGUCAAAGAGGCGACAUGAACAAACACAGACGAAUACACACUGGAGAGAAGCCAUAUGAGUGUCCGGAUUGUGGGAGCAGAUUCAGUCAUAAAGGCAGCAUGGAAACACACAGACGCAUACACACUGGAGAGAAGCCAUAUGAGUGUCCAGAUUGUGGGAGCAGAUUCAGUCAUAAAGGCAGCAUGGAAACACACAGACGAAUACACACUGGAGAGAAGCCAUAUGAGUGUCCGGAUUGUGGGAGCAGAUUCAGUCGAAGAGGCAGCAUGGAAACACACAGACGAAUACACACUGGAGAGAAGCCAUAUGAGUGUCCGGAUUGUGGGAGCAGAUUCAGUCAUAAAGGCAGCAUGGAAACACACAGACGAAUACACACUGGAGAGAAGCCAUAUGAGUGUCCGGAUUGUGGGAGCAGAUUCAGUCAAAGAGGCAGCAUGGAAACACACAGACGAAUACACACUGGAGAGAAGCCAUAUGAGUGUCCGGAUUGUGGGAGCAGAUUCAGUGAUAGAGGCAGCAUGGAAACACACAGACGAAUACACACUGGAGAGAAGCCAUAUGAGUGUCCGGAUUGUGGGAGCAGAUUCAGUCAAAGAGGCCACGUGGAAACACACAGACGAAUACACACAGGAGAGAAGCCAUAUGAGUGUCCGGAUUGUGGGAGCAGAUUCAGUCAUAAAUGCAGCAUGGAAACACACAGACGCAUACACACUGGAGAGAAGCCAUAUGAGUGUCCGGAUUGUGGUAGCAGAUUCAGUCAUAAAGGCAACAUGGAAACACACAGACGAAUACACACUGGAGAGAAGCCAUAUGAGUGUCCGGAUUGUGGGAGCAGAUUCAGUCGAAGAGGCCACAUGGAAACACACAGACGAAUACACACUGGAGAGAAGCCAUAUGAGUGUCCGGAUUGUGGGAGCAUAUUCAGUCGAAGAGACAGCAUGGAAACACACAGACGAAUACACACUGGAGAGAAGCCAUAUGAGUGUCCGGAUUGUGGGAGCAGAUUCAGUCAUAAAGGCAGCAUGGAAACACACAGACGAAUACACACUGGAGAGAAGCCAUAUGAGUGUCCAGAUUGUGGGAGCAGAUUCAGUGAUAGAGGCAGCAUGGGAAGACACAGACGCACACACACUGGAGAGAAGCCAUAUGAGUGUCCAGAGUGUGGUAUGAGAUUCAAUCAAAGUAGCAACAUGCAUACACAUAGAAAAACACACACAAGAGCCACACAACACUAAUGAAGGAAAAAACUAGACUGAAUCAACACUAUACGAGAACUUUUAUACUAUGAAGAGACAGCUAUUAUCACCAUCAUCCUCAUUAUCAUAACCACCACACCACAAUCACCAUUACCUUCUCCUUCAUUCAUUACUACUACUACUACUAUUACUUCUACUACUACUACUACUACUAUUACUACUACCAUUAUCAUCACCAUCUUUAGUAUCAUGACUUCUAUUAUUACCAAUUAUUUUUUUUCUCAGUACCAGGAGUAGAAUUUCCUCAAUGGAGACAAACAUUUAAUUGAUGUUUGGAAAUUUCAAUUGCAAACACUGUACACAUUUUUUUCUUAGAUUUUUUAAGACAAUAAAUGAAAAUAACGGACUUGUAACCCGCACAGGAAGUAGAGUGAGUGGAAAUAUGGUUAGUUUUAUUUAGUGGUGAGAGAGAGAGAGAGAGAGAGAGAGAGAGAGAGAGAGAGAGAGAGAGAGAGAGAGAGAGAGAGAGUAAAAAUGGCCCUAAAUAGUUUUAAUGAUUUGACUAAGGAACUCUCUCUCUCUCUCUCUCUCUCUGAAGUAUACCUGACUCAUCAUUGUACUAAAUAAAACAUGUGUUACAAUAUCUUCUUUUCCUCCUCCUCCUCUUCCUCUUCUUCUCUUCCAACUCUCCCACUGUUCCCUCCUCCUCCUUCUUCCUACUCACCCUUCCCCUCGAUUCUUCUCUUCCUUUCUCUCCCUC